AUGGGGGAGAGAGUAGAAUUGGGAUGGCAGUGGAACAUUAAUAUCAGGGAACAGAUGGAAGAUGUACUAGUGCAACAAGAAAAGGAAGAACUCUUAACAAUUCUAAAAGAAGUCGAACCAAUUACUGCAAUCCGGGACAAGUAUGUUUGGUCUUUGGGUGGUCAUGAAGGGUUUAAGGUCAAAGAGUAUUACUGGAAAUUACAGGAGGAUGGGGAUGGAGAUGGUAUGGUGAUGGAAAAUAGGACGGCUAUCAAUAUCAUUUGGAAAGCAUGUAUGCCAUCGAAAGUACAGAUUUUUGCUUGGAGAAUGCUCAAACAUAGGAUUCCAACUCGCAGUCAACUUAAGCACAUAAACAUUAUUGAAGAUGAUGAAGAUUGUAGGUGUGUGUUUGGGUGCCCAAUUAUAGAAGAUACUCAACACCUCUUCAUGGACUGUAUCAAAGUGAGAAAGGUAUGGAAUUUGAUUUAUCAAUGA